AGACAUUGACCUCACGCUCUAGUAACGCUUAUUGGUGAGACCGAAGAUGUUAUUCGUCAUUGCUAUUGGUGAUCACCAUUCUCUCCAGAUUCGGUACCUAUCGAUUAUUUUUCCUUCGAGUGAAGUGACCGGCUGACUUGUUUCAUGUAGUUUUCUCUUGUUUCCAGUCAAACGUCGAGGAUCAUCAUAUCGAAUUUGGGGCCGCACGUGAGGUUCGAAGACAUCGAGCACCUUCUUACCGAACAAGGGAGGGUGGUGUCAUGCGACAAAUUGACUUCCAAAGACCCCGCCACACAGACGGUGGCUGUAACAUAUGAAACGACAGAGCAGGCGCAACAGGCGGCGAACGCGCUCAACGGCGUCGAGAUCGAAGGCAAGGCGGUGAAGGUGGAACUGGCGGUGGAGAAACGGGGGCGGCGAGGGCCUCGAGGGCCGGGCGGCGGCGGCGGCUUCGGCGGCCUGCCCGGACCCAGCAGGCAGACGGACUUCCCGCUCAGGAUACUCGUGCAAAGCGAUAUGGUAGGCGCUAUUAUUGGCAGACAGGGUUCAACGAUAAGACAAAUUACACAACAGACUAGGGCGCGAGUCGAUGUACAUAGGAAAGACAAUGUAGGUUCAUUAGAAAAGGCCAUCACCAUUUACGGCAAUCCAGAAAACUGUACGAACGCCUGCAAGAAGAUCCUCGAAGUGAUGCAACAAGAGGCCAAUAACACGAAUAAAGGAGAGAUAUCCCUGAAGAUCCUCGCGCACAACAACCUGAUAGGGCGCAUUAUCGGCAAGGGCGGCAACACGAUCAAGCGCAUCAUGCAGGAAACGGACACGAAGAUCACCGUGUCGAGCAUCAAUGACAUCAACUCCUUCAACUUGGAGCGCAUCAUCACGGCGAAGGGCACCAUCGAGAACAUGAGCCGGGCUGAGGGGCAGAUCAGCUCGAAGCUCAGGCAGAGCUACGAGAACGAUCUGCAAGCGAUGGCGCCGCAGACGAUGAUGUUCCCCGGGUUGCAUCCGAUGGCGAUGAUGGCCACAGCAGGCAUCGGCUACGGCUCCCGAGGCCUCUACAGCGGCCAGGCGCCCUACCCGGGCAUGUACCCGGCGGGCGGCUCCUCUCAAUCGGCGGGCGGGCCGGGCGGUGCGGGCGGCGCCGACGCUCAGGAGACCACCUUCCUCUACAUCCCGAACAACGCGGUGGGCGCCAUCAUCGGCACCAAGGGCUCGCACAUCCGGAACAUCAUAAGGUUCUCGGGCGCUUCGGUCAAGAUCGCGCCCGUCGACGAGACGAAGCCGCAGGAGGCGCAGAACGAGAGGCGCGUGACGAUAGUGGGAUCGCCGGAGGCGCAGUGGAAGGCCCAGUACCUGAUCUUCGAGAAGAUGCGCGAAGAGGGCUUCGUCGCCGGCUCCGAUGACGUCCGGCUCACCGUCGAGAUGAUGGUGCCCAGCCAGCAGGUGGGCAGGAUCAUCGGCAAGGGGGGGCAGAACGUGCGGGAGCUGCAGCGCGUGACGGGCAGCGUGAUCAAGCUGCCCGAGCAAGGGGCGACGCCGGUCGAGGACGAGACGACGGUGCACAUCAUAGGGCCGUUCUUCAGCGUUCAGUCUGCACAACGACGUAUCCGUGCCAUGGUCCUUCAGUCAGCCGUGCCUCCGCAGGGUAGACAGCGCCCGCCCAGACCCCAGAAAGAGCCCAGCCAAUCAGAGGGCACCUCCUCCGAGCCACAACAGUAGUAUUUGUUAAGGAAAACAACAACAAAACUAAAAAAAAAACGACACACAACAACACACUGCCUGCGCAUGGGUUUUCGCAUACCCUAUUGAACUUGAGGAACGUCUCCGGAGACCCUUUCUACCGAACACAACACGAAAAGAAAAAGACUCCGUAGUUCGGAGGUCUUUUUGAUGUUCAAUUUUUUCGGUUCGAUGGUUUUCUUUUUUUAGUUGAACGGUGGAAAAAGUCUGGGAGAACCAUCCUGGAAUACGGUAUGCCUAAGAACCGCGUGCCUACUAAACUACAAUCUACCUCAAAGAAUCAAAAUAUAUUAGAUUUUUAUAGCCACUGAAAUUUUCCGUUAUUUACACACAGACAUACAACAUGCUAAGUUUUCGCACCACUAACGUGGUUUAACCAAAGAAUAAGUUUUUUUCGGUGGGACGCGACGACUAGGAGUUUGGAUGCGACUAUAUCCACACGUCGCGUUCCCAUUCGUUUUUGCUACAGGGUGGUUCAGAUUCCACAUUGAAUAUUUCGACCAAGAUGUUCUCCCUACCGAUAAUUUAGAGUGAUACAUCUGGCUUGCUUUUUGAGAACAUGAAUUAUUUUCCACCACAGCUGCAAAUGCAACGAAAUUCAGGGUGAUCAUCUUAUUUGACAAGGACGUUUGUUUGAAUCACUUUCGAGAAAAAAUGUAACCCUCUAUAUUUGUUUGACUUUUCUCUGGAGUUCUGGAAAACCUCCUUCAAUUCUGGGAAGAAGUAACUUCACAGAUUUUCAAUUACUAUCUUCAAGAAAUUGUUUCCGAGCAAAUAGAAAAUUAUACACCUUAUCAAUACCUGCGGAGUAAUUAUUUCUUAGAAUUGAACGAAGAUUUAGAAAAUAGUAUUGAGGUGUUCAUGUGAAUUUCGUUAGACAGCUUUUUUUCUUGAAAUUAGGGUGAAAAAAUAAAGGCAUAUUAUACAGGGCUAAUUUUAGAGAUACAGGGUGCUG